GUCGUUCCCCGUGUUUAUUUGUCAAUCUUCUUGAUACAAGCCGAUACACCAAUCCGAGGGUCCUCAAGAUCGCUUGCUAUGGCGGAAGAACGGGUGAUACCUUGCACCUUCGAAAGCUGCCAGCUUGCCUUCAACUCUACGAGCGACAUGCAACACCACAAGGCCAAUGCGGACGGCCAUUCAUACUGCAUGAAAUGCGACUUGGAUUUUCCAAAUCACCAGGCGCUCCAUUUGCACAAGAUAAUAAGCGAUCGUCACUUCGCCUGCCCUGAAUGCUGUCUCGAGCUUCGCAGCGAGGCUGGCCUUGAGGUUCACAUGAGAAACAAUCAUCACGAGGAUCGCGAAGUUGCUUGCGUUGGCUGUGGUUGCAAGUACAAGUCUGCAGCUGCAGUAGUCAAACACAUUGAAGACAAGGAAUGCCCCGUUCUUUCCCUGCCAGAUAGGAUCCGCGAUGGUGUGAACUUUGACAUUCGCGCAGGAAGCCUUCUGGCCAUGGGAAGAGUUUCUCCUGCACCCCAUGUCUCGCGUGCUGAGGAUUCCAGCGAGGACGAAGAUACGGAUGGUGGUGUUCCUCUCAAUCUCCCUUGCGCCGAUGUAAAAGGCAAGCGUCCAUCUCGCGGUACCGACGAGGAUUCCCUUCCUUGUGAUGAAUGGCCCGAUCUAGCCGCCCCGUCUACCCCAUGGAAAGGGAAACCAGAAAGUACAUCCACUGAUUCACCCGGAGGUGUCCUUCUCGACGAUCUUGUCGAUAUACCGGUUUCUCGUUCUGGCCCUUUCCCCCUGCCGUCUGCAUCUUCUCCCCAGGGUCCACAAGCAGGUCCUUCCAACUAUGCUAGCUUCUCGCGCCAGCGAAACACGAUUCACGGUCAUGUCCAAGGAGUGAACCCUGAGCAUUUCUGGAAUGCCGAGAAAGGCCGCUACUACUGCAACUGCGGUGCAUCCUUCCUAUACGUUGCCACCUUUGAGUAUCAUCUCACGAUGGAGGAUGAAACCAUCAAUGACUGUCCUCGAUGCUUCAAGAGAUUUGUUAGUCUCGCCGCACUCGUGGCACACAUGGAAGCUCGGUGGUCCAAGUGCGCUGUCCGCGCAACCACUGCCCAAAUGGAACAGGAGCUCAGCGAGAUUACUCAAGGCCUGGCUGAUAUCCCCAGGCUCUAUACCGAGUCGGAGCUGGGCGCCAUCGACGUUGAUAUGAGCAGCCAGCCUGAGCAUAAUUCCCCUGGCUCUUCCUUUGCAGAGGCGGUCUCCUCUAUUGAUGAACCCAUUUCUUCUGAUGAGAGAGAGAUUCGUUCCUACGUCGAAUUCAGUUCUACUCAUGCAGAGUUCGGCUCUUCCUACCCUGAGCCUAUCUACUCUUCUUCUGACCCCGGAGCUGUCUCUUUUCACGUGGAAUUUGAUUCUACUCAUGUAGAGGCUAGAUCCUCUCAAGUGCGGUCCGUGGCGGAGUCCUUGGCGGAGGAUUUGAGGGGUCUGGUCUUUCCUACUUCCCAGUAUGAAGAUGAGGAAGAAGAGCUCUGA